UCUGGAAAAGUCCAGUUAUUUGCGGCUUUAAGCUAAAAGAGAUAGAAACCGAUUGGAUUCCUGAGAAAGCAGAUCGUAUGUGUAAUCAUUCAUGCUCCAUAUCCACGGUGCCACUUACUGAAUGGCCGACGUUCCAGCUUUCCAAAGUACUUUUUAAACUCGAAAUAAACAAAAACAAUAGUAUUUUAUUUCAAACAAAGCCAAAUUGCAAACAGGUGAUUGAAGUUGAUAUGAAGAGAAUCAAAAUGGAAACAACAUGUAGAAAUAACAAGCAUUCAGUAUUUGGUACUUUUGUUGAUAUUUGCACAUCAGCAGAGGAAUGUGGCGGUCAGAAAGUUUGUAGGUUAACAGGCAAACUUGGAUUUGGUGUGUGUGAAGCUCCAGACUCAUCAAGGACAUCACCAGCAGAUGUCACAGAGACCAUUAUUGGUAACAAAUUGGAAACAUGUGAAAUAUUUCAGUUACGAUAUAGUAGAAUGUAGCUAUAGAUGUAUACCUUACUUCCGAUUGUUUUAUCAAAUCAUCAUAUUUUUUAAAUCCAUUGAAAAAUAUUGGUAAGGAAGUCACGCAC